GAUUAGAAUCUAAACGAUUAUUUGAGCAAGAAUUUCAACGCCACCAGAUCGGAUGAAAUCUGAUUUAGUCUCGUCCCCAAUUUCGACAAUGGAUUAGAGCUUUUUCAAGGCAGUAACCUUAAAUGGAGAGGAUUCGACUAUACUGAGGAGGGAGACCAGCUCGUCGUGCUUGGCAGAGAAUGACGGAGGUGGAGGAGGAGAUGAGGCAGAUUAAGAAAGUGAACGUUCCACCCCCUCAUUUGAGGCGCGCGACCAUUAGGUCGCAAGUUGGUGGAGUUCACGGCGGUGGCAGAGCUCGAAGUCCUGACCUCCGCCUCACCCAAGCCCUAAAGCUUGGGGGCCAACCAAUUGGGCCACAGGCCCGCCAGUCCCGAGUUUAUCUCCUUAAGGAACAUGUCACACUCCGAUUAUCUUGCUUGGCAUGCCACAUGGGUUCCUCAUUGAAGCCUAUAAAUACCCCUCAAGGGCCACAUCAAAAAGUUAACACUCGAUCAGUCCGAGCUAGCAAUUCAUCUCUGCCUCUUGGGCAAGGUCAACUCCCCAACAACCUUCCACCUCAGCUCCCACCUCAGCUUCCACCUCUGAUCCCAAAUAUGUUCCCUCUUAUUGAUCAUGCAGAAGGAGGAGAUGAAAACCAACCUCAUAACUCAGCUCACAACUCAACUUCUAUUGCCAACCAUGACAUAGUUGCAGCUCAGCUUGCUACCAUGCAACAACAGUUUGGUGUCUUCCAGUUAGUAUUGGCUCAGCUUUUACCUCGAAACAACCCUGGUGAUCCUCUCAUUAAUUUACUCAACCCUGCUCAACAACCCCUACCUCCACAGCAAAACCCUCAACCAGUUCAGCAUGCUCCUACUCUUAGUGAAUCUCAGGAUCAAUCUCACAUAGCACCAGCUCAGCAACCCCUCCCUGAUGAGGUUACUCGACGUCUGGACAGUUUAGAAAAGUUGCUCAAUACAUACGAUGGGACAAAAGACCUUGAUGAUCACCUUCAUGCUUUCUAUUCUUAUAUGCAAGUUCAGAACGCCUCUAAUGCAUUAAUGUGCAAGAUCUUUUCCUCCACUCUCCGGGCAAUGCCCGAACUUGUACUGGAGGUUAGUUCCUUCGACCAAGCUGUGAGGAUUGCAGCUGUGAUCUCAGGUCUUAACCAUGAUAGGUUAAAAGACAGUUUGAUCAAACAUCCUGCCACCACCUUUAGCGAGAGAGAUGAGAAUCCGAGCAAGAAAAGGAUGAGGAUGACACAGAACCGAGGUUUAAUGCCGACCUCCACACUGAGAUUCGAAAGGCCGAACUCAGCACCUCCACAACAGUCUGCGAGUAAACCCCCAGUUACUUGGACUCCUUUUAAUCUGCCGAGGUCACAGAUUUUUAUGCAAAUUAAGAACAAGAUGGAUUUAAGGCGUCUUGACCUAAUGAGAACUGCUGCUGCUAGCCGAGAUCAUACUAGAUAUUGUGAUUUUCAUCAAGAUCACGGUCAUACAAUAGAGCAAUGCAACAGCUUAAGAGAACAGAGGCCACAGCCUCAAGGAGUCCGCAAUCCACCAAACAGGCAAGGCGUGGGAUAUCAGCAAGCCCCACCUCCGCUCCCACCACCAGCUAGAAUCAUACACAUGAUUACGGGAGGCCUGGAAGCAGGUGGACUGAGCUCUAAACAGCGAAAGUUGUAUGUCAGAGAGGUUAAGCAUCAAAACCGAGCUAAAAAACGAAAGUUUGACGACGCUGACUGGAAGAAUCAACCCAUUACUUUCACAUCUGCUAAUCUCGAUGCAGUCGUCACACCUCACAAUGACCCUCUAGUCACUUCUGUCAUGAUUAACAAUUGCGAGUGUAGCCGGUAUGAUGGCCCCAUCUAUGGAUUCAACAACCAACCAGUUCCAGUUGAAGGAGUCCUAACCAUGAAUGUUGCAUUUGGAAGUGGCCGAAAUCAUGUGACUCCUUCAGUUCGGUUUCUAGUAGUCAAGAUGGCGUCCUCUUUCAAUGUUGUCAUUGGCCAACCCACGCUGACUGAAAUCCGAACUGUGGUUUCCCAAGCUGCUCCAGUCGAAGAUGUUGAAGAAGUGCCCAUUAAUGAUAGAGAUCUGAGCCGAAAGACGCAAAUUGGAACUAGAUUGAACCCGGAGGAAAGAGCAGAGCUAAUAGCUUUUCUUCGAGCUAACAAUGAUGUCUUCGCAUGGACUUCGACAGACAUGCCAGGAAUUCCAAAUUCGGUAUCUCAACAUAAGCUCAGCACCAAUCCAUUGAAGAAACCAGUGGCCCAAAAGCGAUGUCUCUUCAGGGGGGAGAGGCUUCAGGCUAUAAAGGAAGAGGCAAAUGGUAAAUGGCGAAUGUGCAUCGACUACACAAAUCUUAACCAAGCCUGCCCCAAGGAUUGCUAUCCGAUGCCGAGCAUUGACAAAUUGGUUGAAGCGGCUUCAGGUAAUGAGAGAUUAAGUCUCUUGGAUGCAUAUUCUGGGUAUCACCAGGUGCCGAUGGCUCUAGAAGACGAAGAGAAAACCUCAUUCUAUGCUGGCGAUGAAAUCUAUUGCUAUGUCAUGAUGCCGUUUGGCUUAAAGAACACGGAAUGCACUCCAUGUCAUUCAACCCCUAAUCCAAAACCUAACGACUGGACCUUAUAUGUUGAAGGGGCAUCUAAUAACAAAGGUUCAGGAGCUGGUGCUCUCUUGAUUGGCCCAGAUGGAUACCGAAGUAAGCAUGCUCUAAAAUUUAACUUUGAUGCAACAAACAACAUGGCUGAGUAUGAAGCCCUACUACUUGGUCUGCAACUAGCAUUGGAGUUGAAAAUCAACGCGAUUCAAGUAUACAAUGACUCCCAGCUGGUGGUGAACCAAAUCAACUCAAUCUACGAAGUCGUUGAUCCUGUGAUGGUGAAAUAUGUAGCCCUGGUGGCCGACCUGAAAUGCAAAUUCCAGAAAUUUUGUCUGAGCAAAAUUCCUCGAACUGAGAAUGAACAGGCAGAUUCACUCUCUAAGUUUGCCUCUAAUAGCUCUUUAAGUUCCAGAUCAGUUUUUGUGGAGGUCUUAGAUGAACCAAGUUUCAUGAAGCCGCGGAUGAUGGAGAUCAGCACAGACCCAGACACGCCGAGCUGGACUGACUCAAUUAUCUCCUUUUUACGAGACGAAACAGUACCUGAAGACAAGCAAGAGGCAAUGAGGUUGAGGAAGAAAGCAUCUCGGUAUACACUUGUUGAUGGGGUCCUUUAUAAAAGAUCUUUCUCACUCCCUCUUCUACGAUGCUUAAAUCCCUACGAAGCUGAGUACGCACUUCGGGAGAUACAUGAAGGUGUUUGUGGGAGCCACAUUGGUGCUAGAACUUUGGCUCACAAAGUCUUAAGGCAGGGAUAUUACUGGCCAAACAUGUACAAAGAUGCCACUCACUUUGUUCAGAGAUGCCCAAAAUGCCAAUUCUUUGCACAUCACACUCACCAACCAGCAAAAGAGCUUAUGAACUUGAUAGCACCAUGGCCAUUUGCUCAAUGGGGACUAGAUCUUUUGGGCCCAUUCAUGAAAGGGGUUGGUGGUGUAACCCAUCUGAUUGUUGGUGUGGAUUAUUUCACAAAAUGGGUUGAAGCUCGGCCAUUAUCCAAUCCUACCUCCAAGAAGGUCAAAGACUUUGUUUUCAGCUCGAUCAUUUGCAGAUAUGGGAUCCCGAAUCAGAUUGUGGCUGAUAAUGGAACUCAAUUCAAUUGCUCCUCCUUCCGAGAUUUUUGUUCCAACUACGGGAUCAAAUUGCAGUUCACCUCGGUUUAUCAUCCGAAGUCCAAUGGUGAAACACCCUACCACCUGGCCUUCGGUACCGAAACAGUCAUUCCUAUUGAAAUAGGAGUCCCAAGCUUUUGGGUCACCCAUUUCGAUGAAGGACAAAAUGGACAACUGCUUCAGGAAAACCUUGAUCUACUUGCCGAACCCCAAAUUGGGAAAGUCCUUAUACGGUGGCCGAAGUGCCCCAUCCUGGUGCCUUUGUCCUCCAAGACGCUUAAGGAAAGAGAGUUCCUAGAGUCUGGAAUGUCAACACCUUGAAGAAAUUUUACCCCUAAUAAACUUCUUUCAAGUGAUCGAUGUCUUAUUACCCUUUAUACUUAUUACUUCGCGAUUGUUAAGAUUCAUUUUACCUCUUAUUCUAUAUAUCCGAGAUCAAUCUGUUUAAUACUCAUUCCUUGAACGUCACUCCUAUUAAUGAAUGUCACUUCGCAUA